UCCGGUUGUGGUAGGCGCUAACGAUAUUGCAUCUUGAGAACAAAAAGUUUCUGUAACCUUCUUCCGGAAUAAGGCUUUGAGCCAAGGCUUAAAUUAAUCUACGAGGCUUUUAUCACAUAUUUGACUAAGUCAAAGUGGCACCAUAUAACAAGACCACUGCUUGUUAGAUUUCCAGUCCCUUGCUGCACUGUUACCCCGGUUGUGAAACGCCAGGCUCUGUGAUGAAUAAGCUUUCUCUGGGGGAUAAAGCUUCUUCAGGCAAAGCCAACCACUGGGUGGAUCCAUCCUUUAUUGACUUGCCAGAGGAAGGCUUUUUGCUGUCGGGAAGAAGAAAACAGAGCCAGUUCCUCUCCGAGUCUAAAAUGAAGAGGACCAGAAAAAAGAGAGAAGAUGUGGCCAGCCCUCACCUGCUGAUAGAAUCUUACCAAAGGCACCUGGAUGAUCCCUGGGUGGACAGAUACUCACCAUGUUCAAAGGCGGAACUAGCUGUCCACAAGAAGAAGAUCGAGGAAGUUGAGAAUUGGAUGAGAUUUCAUGCAAAUACAUCAAAGGGUGGCAUUUUGCUACUUAGCGGACCAUCAGGCUGCGGAAAAACUGCCACGGUCCAGGUUUUGUCUCUGGAGCUUGGUCUCAAGGUUCAGGAAUGGACCAACUCCACAAAUCUGGAACCACACUAUAGCAGUCACUAUGAAUGGAUCAAUGGCUUGUCCUGCAGCUCCCAGAUAGCCCAGUUCCAAGAGUUUCUCCUAAGAGCCAAUAAAUACAACUGCCUGAAGUUGGCAGGUGAGGGAGAAGCUAUACACAGGAAGCUAAUAUUGGUGGAGGACUUUCCAAACGUAUUCUACAAGCAGCCUGUCAGUCUGCAUGGUAUCCUGAGGUCCUUUAUAAAGACCAGUCGAUGUCCCCUGGUGUUUAUAGUGUCAGACAAUCUCAGUGGAAACAGCAGCUCGCGCUUUCUUUUUCCUAAAGAGAUACAGGAGGAGCUGGAUAUCUGCAACAUCAGCUUUAAUCCAGUGGCACAAACCACAGUGAUGAAGGUCCUGACUUGCAUUUCAACACUUGAAGAAGAAAAGAGCUGUGGUAGGACGUGCUUCCCAGACCGGGCCUUGCUGGAAACACUCUGUUUAAGAAGCUCAGGAGAUAUUCGCAGUGCCAUCAACGACUUGCAGUUUUUUUCUUUCCAAGACACACCACUGGAAAGGGGGUUGGGGAAGAUGAAGGCGGAGAGACCUAUGAUGCCAGUGUGCAGAACUGUUUACAGAGAAGGAGAGAGGAAGAAAAGCUUCAAAGAGACAAGGAAGCAAGAAGAGAAGCAGGCUAUUGGAGGGAAAGAUGCUUCUCUGUUCUUGUUCAGAGCACUCGGAAAAAUUCUGCACUGCAAACGACAGAAUCAUAAAAGUGCUAAAGCAACUGAAAUUGUAGCUACGCCUUGUCUACCCUCUCACCUGUCACAUCAUCACCGAGAAGUAUUACAAGUAGACCCUGAGGUUGUUGUGGAGCGUUCGCACAUGACUGGAGAAUUCUUCAACCUGUACCUUCAUCAGAACUACCUGGACUUCUUCUCUGAGAUUGGGGAUGUCGACAGAGCCACCAAAUAUCUGUCUGAUGCUGACCUCCUCACUGCAGAUUGGAUGGUCAUGCUAUGUCAUCCUCAGAGUCGCAGCACAAUGGGGGAUUAUGGGUCUUUAGUAGCCACCAGAGGUCUUCUUCAUUCGAACUCCCAGCAAGUUUCUGUUGGCUUUAGACCGCUCCACAAACCCAACUGGCUGCUGAUCAAUAAGAAGUAUCGUGAGAACUGCUUUGCUGCCCUGUUCCAGCUGAAGGGGUUCUGUCUUUCACCAGUCAGUCUGCAGACUGAGUUGUUGCCAUAUCUGGUCAAACUCAACAACCCUUUGAGGAAACCAGCCCAGAUAUCUUUUAUUCAGGAUGUUGGUCGCAUGUCACUGAAACGAUUCCCCAGCAGAUUAAAACUGGAGACUCUUACAGACAACGAGCUGGGCCAGAUGGAGAUAGAAGGUGAGGAUGAAAAGGAGGAAAGUCAGGUUGGGGGUGAGGGCAGUCUGUCAGCAAGUCAGCCCCAACCUACUUCUAACAAUACCUUUUUGGAAGACAGGGACAUGAUCAUCGAGGAAUAUACCAGUGAUUAACACACAGCUCUGCCACACACUGUUAUACUGCAACUCUUUUGUUUGAGGGGGUUUUGUAAAACCUGAGUUAUGCCUUAGACUUGGAGACUUUAUAUAUAUAUAUAUAUAUAUAUAUAUAAUUGCAAAAAUAAAUCCCCAAACUAACUAACUCCGUAGUUUGUCACAGAUUUAUUUAAUAUCUCUUGUAUUACUAGUAUUUGUGGCUCGACGAUGUGUCAUUUGUAAAAGACACAGUCAUUUUUUGAACAUGUUAACACACAGUGCUGUGAAAGCAUGGGUAUUAGUUAUACUAUGUGAAUUAUUUUCUCCCAUAGUGAACUUUCAAUGCUUUAGCAGCUAAAACCAGCUAUGUUCAGCACUUGUUGUUUUUUUCUUUGUUUGUUUUUUUGUACUUAACAUGAUUUCACCUUCUAGCGACUGUUGAACCUGGAGUAACCAGUAAUGGAGAAUUUUCCAAGAGCAAGCUCAUUGUUUAAUUAACAUAUAUUAUAUUGUUUCCCAUGAUGGAAAAAUAAGAAAUACUACAAUAAAUGUGAUACAUUUACAUCUAAAAAAAAACUUGAAUAAAAAUAAAGUGUAGACCUACUUGAA